AUGAGUGCACCGAGCGCACGGUGUGGAGACCUGCAUGGCCCAACCGAGUGGGCCCAGCUCAAUGGCUGGAGUGUGGGCGCUUCGAUCAAUCCAUUUCACGCGCAGACGGUUACAGAGGACGAUGUCGGCACUCGUGUCGACGCCGUGCUGGCGGCGUGCGCUGACACGUCCACGCCGUCAACUUGCAACGAUGCCGUACUUCACGCUGCGUACGGGCGAUCGGAUCCCGGCCAUCGGCAUUGGCACGUUCACUGGCACGCGGUUAACGCAGCAGGCCGAGCCGGGCGACAUGUACGACAACAUCAUGCCUCUAACGCGCUUUAA